AUGUGGAGGAAUCUGACGUUAGGUGAUGUUGCCUUAUCCGAUGCCGCAUCGGAUAAGGCUGUGGGCGAGGAUGUGGCCUACAGUGAUACGUCGAAGGGUACUGUUUCGGUGCCUGUUAACGAUUGGUGCGAGAAGCCCCGUCUCGAAGAGGAUAUAGAAAUCGACUGUGUGAGAGAGCCAGAACAUUACUGCGUGGGAUGUGCAGCUGCAUUUGCCCAUCUGGACGUCUCCACCUUCGAUCGCCCUUGUGAUAUUUGCUCUGCCCCGACUGGGUGUGCCGGCCUGAGAGCGGAUGGGCCUCUCAUGACUGAUGAGGAGUUAGAGAGAGCCAACUUGAAGCUCCCGGCCGAAUCACAGGCUAGAGUUCCCGGCACGUCUAAGCCGAAAGGGAAAGAGCUUAUUAAGGGAGAGGAGUGGCCCCCAGCUGCUUGGGAGCAUGUAGAUGGUUUCGAAGGAGAUGAUAUCUGCCAAGAUCCCUUACGGUUUGCGGUCCCAGAGUUUCUGGACGAGACGGUUAAGUUACCAGAUAUAUGUGAGAGCCCUACGGAAGCGCAACAGCCAGUUGCCGACUUAUGUGAGGAGUUCAAGGAUCUCUUUGUGUUACGUCCCGGACGUUGUACUCAAGCUGAGCACUCGGUCGAGACUGGAACGACUCGUCCAAUUUGUGAGAGGAUACGGCCUAUCCCUCACAAGUAUCGUGAUGAGAUCUCGACACUACUGAAGGAGAUGGAGGAGCUUGGAGUUAUUAGAAGGAGUACGUCGGCAUGGAGGUUCCCGUGCGUCUUCGUCCCGAAGAAGAAUGGUAAAGUCCGGAUGUGUAUUGACUACAGGAACCUCAACAAAGCAUGCCAUACUGAGGCGUACCCUGUGCCCCGGCCAGACGACGUGCAGGAGCACCUGGCUGGUGCACGAGUGUUUUCGACUCUCGAUUUGAGAAGUGGUUACUGGCAGAUCCCGGUUCGCAAGGAGGACCAACGGAAGACCGCCUUCUGCCCCGGUCCAGGCUUCCCAUUGUAUGAGUGGGUGAUGAUGCCCUUUGGUUUGGCAAGUGCCCCGGCUACCUUCCGGCGGUUGAUGGAUGCCAUCCUGGGACACCUUCCCUUUGUAAGGGUUUAUCUCGAUGACGUCCUAAUCUUUAGUAGAUCUGAUGAAGAGCAUUUGGAGCACUUGAGGAUCGUCUUUGAGCUUCUACGGGCGGCUGGUAUGACGGUGGCCGCUAAGAAGUGCGAGUUUAUGCAGGAUCGAGUGACCUAUUUGGGUCACAUGUUCAAUAGUACUGGUAUGAGUCCCGACUUGGGUAAGGCCGAGGUUAUCUUACGGUGGCCUCUACCUCGGACUGCCCCGGCCCUUCGAUCCUUCUUAGGGCUGGCAGGGUACUAUAGGAAUUUUGUCCCGCACUUUGCGGAUAAGUCUCGGUGUCUUUAUGAAAUUGUGAACUACUGUACGAAGAACAAGGUUGUGGAACUCGGAAAUCAGUGGGGCAAGGAGGAAGAGCUGGCCUUCAACGACCUGAAGCAGUGGAUAGCCAGUCUCCCCUUGUUGGCCUAUCCAGAUUUCUCGAGACCGUUUCAGCUCAUGACCGACGCCAGCGAUGUAGCGAUAGGGGCUGUGGUGGAGCAGGACGGAAGGCCUUUGGCCUUCUUCAGCCAGUCUCUGACCCCUACCCAGAAAGUCUGGCCGGUGUAUGAGCGGGAAGCUUACGCUAUCUUCAAGGCAUUAGAACGGUUUAGAUCGUUGCUCUGGGGUUACCAUUUGGAGUUGGUCGUCUUUUCGGAUCACAAGCCUUUGGAAUGGAUACAGACGGCUACGACGGCGAAAGUGCAACGCUGGCUCAUUAGUAUGUCCCAGUUCAAAUUUAAGGUAUUUUACAAGAAGGGUAAGCACAACGUCGUAGCUGAUGCCUUGUCCCGGAUUACUACAUCCGACGACAAAGUGGCAGAGCCAGAUCUUGGAGCACUCCAGCAUGAACUGCAAGGUACACCUGCCCUGGUGACGGACAAGGUAUUGACUGAAGGUAGGGAGGCCGAUGCGAUGGAGAAGGACAAUUUUGCCCCUGCUUGUGUUCUCACCCUCUGUGAGCAAUGGUCAACAGCUGAUUUGGUACGUGAGCAAGAGUUGGAUCCUGUUCUUCGGGUAGUGAGAGACAGGGUCCGGACAGGAGAGCCUUUAGCGAAGGAUGAGCUCAAGGAUCUAGAGUAUCGGCCCUAUCGGAGAGUUUGGCUAACCCUACGGGUUCAUGAUUCUGGUCUAUUGGUACGAAGAGUGCAGAUUAAUGAAGAGGCGACUUCGAGGUUUGUUCCAGUGGUCCCCGAAGGUCUUCGACGCCAAGCAUUAGAUCGGUUUCAUGAGGAGGCGGGACACUUUCGACGAGAGCACAUGGUGGCAAGGUUGAGACGUACAGCUUACUGGCCAGGUAUGAGUAAGGAUAUUAGUGAGUUCUUGUUGCACUGUGAAGGCUGUGCCCCCCAUAAGAACGUCUUGCUACCCCACUUGCCGUAUGUCCCGUAUCCGGUUGGUUCGCCUUGGCAUACAGUAGCUAUCGAUUUCCUUACGGUGGCUCCCGGCAGAAGCGGUGUAUCUAAACUAUUGGUAGUGGUGGACCACUUCACAAGGUGGGCCGAAGCUGUCCCCGUGGCAGGUGAGAGUGCUGCGGAGGCACUGAAGGCCCUACUGAAUCUCUUUUCGAUUCAUGGUCCCCCGGUUAGGAUACUCUCAGACCAGGGGAGUGCGUUCGAGUCUCAGCUGUUCAAGGAUGUCUUGGCUCAGCUAGGUAUAGCUAAGUCCCGUACUUCGGUCUAUCAUCCCAAUGCAAAUGGUCAUGUGGAGAGGUUUAACAGCACCAUUCUCAAUUUAUUAAGGACUCAUGUGACGAGGGUGGAUACCUGGCAGGAUCACUUACGGUCAGUGUUGUGGGCCUACAACACUACACCUCAUAGUGUGACUGGGUAUGCCCCGUUUUUCCUAAUGUAUGGGCGGGAGCCGCCUACGUUAUUUUUCCCAGCUUUGGAACCAUACGUUGAUUACGUGUUUGAUCCACAAGGUUAUCAGCGCCAUUUGUCUCGUAUUCGGGCUUGUAUCGAGGACAAUGUCGACGAGUGGGUUACUGCUCAUGGUGCUGGGUUCCAAGCGCUGAAAGAGAGGGAGAAGAUUGCUGCUGCACGUCGACAUUUCGUGGGACAACGUGUAAGGCUGAGGAUACACCAUCCUAACAAUUUGCCAGGUCGGAAGUUAUUACCUAAAUGGCAGUUGAAUUGGUAUAUUGCUCAGUUUGUUUCGGGAACGCACUUGAAGACGGUGGUUCUUCGGCACUACCCCUCCAAGGAAGAGAAGGUUAUCUCUACUGACUAUAUAGUUCCCGAUCCGGUACAGCCUGCCGAUGUCCCGGUAGAGCUUGGCAUUGUUAGGGUGGAUCCUCCUGUAGAAGAGGGGCCGCGUAUAGAGCAGUUUCCAUUUCGUGAUGAGUUGGUUCGCUCGGCUGCUUCUAGACGGUCUGCUAGAUCUUCGGUUGUCCCGGACGUCGAAGCUCCUGCUAAUCUUCGGUUGGUCGACAUUCCCUAUGUGUAUGAUGGUGAUGAUCUUGACCCUCUAGCAGAAAGACGAGAUGAUCUGCUUCCGAGACUGGAGGCGCCAUCGUCUGGUUCUGCACAGGUCGGUGUGCCGAGACUGGAAACCCCUAUUCCAGUUCCGGUACAAUUAGGGUCUGCCGUUCUCCGGUCUCCUGCCACGAGUGGGCCAGUUUUCCAGGCUACUGGUAGGGCUGGGCCUGCUGUGGUACCUGCUGGUUUGGAGUCCUCUGGUAAUUCUCCCUCGUUGGGACUGGAUUCUGCUUCGCAGGAAUGUGGUGCCUCUAGAAGGUCACUGCCUUUCUCGGCUUCCACUCCCACCCAUGUAGUGUCGGCCCCUGCAGCCGACUUCGAGCAGUUGUUAGGUCAUUCUGGGCCUUCCUCAAGGCAAACGUUAAGUGCCCCUUCUGUGUUGAUCUCAGCUCAGCGUCAGCAACUGCUCUCUGUUUCGCCAACUUUGGUCGACUCUGGCGAGACACCGUCUUUAAGUCUGGGUUCUGGAUUGGUCUCGGAUGUCCCGGUCUCUACAGACCCCUCUAGGAAUGCGUCUCAGCUGGCUUCGUCGAGCUCGAUUACAGCAUCUCCUGGUACCGAUGAGACGUUACCGUUGACUCGAGGUCCAGAUCCAGCACCUGCCCCUGAGGUACAAGUAGAGGAAGCGACUGUUGAGUCCUCUACUGAUCUCGUAAUUCCUGACGAGAUCCCUACUACCCCUGCUUUGGAAAGCUCCCCGGCCGCGACAGACACUCCGGUAGUCUCUGCUCGUAGUGGUGGUUCGACUUUGUCUACUCGCACUUACGCUGAUGUGCUGGCUUCUAGUCCAGAGCAGGUAGAAGGUUCUGUAGCGCCUCGUCGGAGUAUGCGUACUCCCAGGGCACCCACGCGUUUCUCCCCCGAGCGUUAUACGUCCCGUGGUGGUUACGCUGAAGUUCAUCAACCGAUACCCCGACACGUGUCGCAAGAGCAUCUCAAACUUCCUCCCACGUGUGGCAAUCCUGCUAAUGUUAAGUCCACCGGUUUGGCCACUGUUUGUCAAGAAGCCAGAUGCUCCGACAUUGAGGAGCGCUCGAGUGGUGGCAUUGUUACUAUAAUGCUCAUGGGCAAUGGCACUUGUAUAAGGAGACGCCCAUUUUUUUGCAGCAAGAACAUACCACAACCCCCCCUUCCCAGAAUUGGAUGCCAGUGCCCCUGCCACUGUGAGAGAGACCAUCUCGAAGUAUUGAUGAGUGUAGAUCACGACAAUGUUCUUCACCAAAGCGCGAUGCACAUCGCUUCAGAGAAGAUGCCGGACUUGGUCGAUGUUUACUGUGUUAAGGAGUUACCCCCUAGUAGUAUACAUGUCUGCGCUCACCAUAUCGACACUGUCGAAAGGCUGCUGUCCUCCGUGAAAGAUCGUUGA